AUGAGUCGCCGCUUAUUCACAAGGAUUGCCAAUGAUUUGGCGGGGCUAGACCCGUUUUUCACGCAACGUCCUGAUGCUCGAAAUUAUGAAGGGUUUACAACGUUACAAAAGUGUACUGCGGCCAUUCGACAACUGGCGUACGGGACAGUGGCCGACGCUUUGGACGAGUACUUACAGAUGUCGGCAAGAACUACGCGGGAAUGUUUGUAUCGGUUUUGCCAUAAUGUGGUGAAACUGUAUAACAAAAAAUAUUUGCGGAAACCAAACGCGUAUGAUGUUCAACAGUUGUACCAAGCUCAUGAAGCAAGGCACGGGUUUCCGGGAAUGCUUGGUAGCAUUGAUUGUAUGCAUUGGGGGUGGCAUAAUUGCCCGACUGCGUGGCGCGGCCAAUAUACGCGAGGUGAUCACGGAUAUCCAACCGUGAUACUUGAAGCUGUGGCAUCACAAGAUUUGUGGAUAUGGCAUUCUUUCUUUGGUCUCCCUGGUUCACUCAACGACCUCAACGUGUUAUACCAAUCGGCCAUCUUUACCGAUGUCGUUAAUGGAACGGGACCGGACACACGUUUUACAGUUUCUGGGGUUGAGUAUAGAUGUGGGUAUUAUCUUGCUGACGGGAUAUAUCCGUCUUGGUCUACAAUUGUGAAGACUAUUCCAUAUCCCGAGGACGAAAAACGGAAAAAAUUUGCCAAGCGUUAA